UAAUGAAAUCUCGUAUCUUUCCAAAAACAUAAAACAAUGGCAGCCGAAAGUCUUUUAUUCCUCCAAGAGAGCGAGAUUAGGAGGAAAGGACAAAAAAAAUCUAACCCGUUUCUCCUUUUAACUUCCAUCCGUCGGCGUCACCUUCUAAGGAAAACGAAGAAGGGAUGCUCAACAAGUCAAAAUCAAUGUAUCUGCUUUGGUAACACCUCCGCAGAUGAAGGGGAUGAGCUCAUUGCAGGUUUUGGGUUUGGGUGGAUAUUCCCAGAAACACAUAACGAAAUGGAAGAGGAAAGUGAAAUGGCCAAGAAGGGUCAUCUGGUUUUUGCUGCUAAUGGACAGAGGUUUGAGCUAUUCACUGUGGAUCCUUCUAUGACUUUGCUUGAGUUCCUGCGGACUCAGACCCCUUUCAAGAGUGUAAAGCUUGGUUGUGGUGAAGGUGGUUGUGGUGCUUGUACUGUUCUGCUCUCCAAGCAUGAUCCAUUGCUUGACCAAGUUGAGGAUUUUACAGCGAGUUCAUGUCUCACACUACUUUGCAGUAUAAAUGGAUGUUCAAUUACAACAUCUGAAGGCCUGGGUAAUAGCAAAGUUGGGUUCCAUUCAAUUCACAAAAGGUUCUCUGGAUUCCAUGCUUCUCAAUGUGGCUUUUGUACUCCUGGAAUGUGCAUGUCCCUCUUUGGGGCCCUUGUUAAUGCUGAAAAGACUGAUCGACCUGAACCCUCUCCAGGAUAUUCCAAGCUGACAGUCCUUGAAGCUGAAAAAGCUAUCGCAGGAAAUCUUUGUCGCUGUACUGGAUAUCGACCCAUUGCUGAUGCAUGCAAAAGUUUUGCAUCUGAUGUCGAUAUGGAGGAUUUGGGAUUUAAUUCUUUCUGGAAAAAGGGAGAGAGACAUGAAGUAAAUAUAAGUGGAUUACCUUUGUACAAUCGUAAUCAUGAGAUUUGCACUUUCCCUGCAUUUUUGAAAAGGGAAGUCAAAGCUUCCAUGCUUAUAGAUUCUAAAAGAUGUUCUUGGAACCAACCUUCUAGUUUUCAGGAGCUUCAGGGCUUAUUAAAAAGCUAUGAUGCCAACAAUGGAGUCCGGAUGAAACUGGUGGUUGGUAACACGGGCAUGGGUUAUUAUAAGGAAGUAGAACACUAUGAUAGAUACAUUGAUCUCAGGUAUAUUCCUGAACUCUCAAUGAUUAGGGGGGACCACACUGGGAUUGAAAUUGGGGCAUCUGUGACUAUUUCUAAGGCUAUUGAAGCUUUGAGGGAAGAAAGUAAAGGUGAAUUUAUCUCUGCAAGUAAGCUGGUGUUCAAAAAAAUUGCAGACCAUAUGGAGAAAGUUGCUGCCAAAUUUAUCAGAAAUAUAGGCAGUAUUGGGGGAAAUUUGGUGAUGGCACAAGGAAAACAUUUCCCUUCAGAUAUUGCCACAAUACUUCUUGCGGCCGGUUCAUUUGUUCAUAUAAUAAAUGGUGUCAUUCAUGAAAAGCUUACCUUGGAGGAGUUUUUAGAAAGGCCUCCCUUGGAUUCCAAAAGUGUACUCAUAAGUGUUAGAAUCCCAAAUUGUGGAUCCAUUAAGGAUGUAUAUCCUGAAGGAGAUAGUAAGCUGUUUUUUGAAACCUACCGAGCUGCACCGCGGCCCCUUGGAAACGCUUUGCCUUAUCUGAAUGCUGCUUUCUUGGCUGAAGUUUCCUGCUCAAAAUCAUCUAAUGGAAUUAUGAUGAAUAGCUGUCAGUUGGCAUUUGGUGCUUUUGGAACUAAACAUGCUAUUAGAGCUAGGAAAGUUGAGGAAUUUUUAACAGGAAAUUGGUUAACCAAUGCUGUUCUCUGUGAAGCUAUUAAAUUAGUUAAAGCUACUGUUGUACCUGACGAUGGAACUUCAGAUCCUGCAUAUAGGUCAAGCUUGGCUGUUGGUUUUCUUUUUGAUUUUCUUGGUCAGUUAGUAGAUAGCAGUUCUAAUGGUUGGUUGAAGGGAUAUAGUGGUAUUUCAAUGUUGGAGGAUGUCAUAUCAAAGGAGAAGUAUGACAAUCUGGAUCAUGUUAAAUACCCCACUUUGCUGUCAUCAUCCAAACAGGUGAUCGAAUUAAACAAAGAGUAUCAUCCCAUUGGUGAGCCAAUUACCAAAUCUGGAUCUGCCCUUCAAGCUUCGGGUGAGGCUGUUUAUGUGGAUGACAUUCCAUCCCCUGGAAAUUGUCUGUAUGGAUCAUUCAUUUAUAGCACAAAGCCUUUUGCUAGGAUAAAGGGUAUAGGAUUUAAUUCUAAAUCACUCCCAGAUGGAGUAACUGCACUUGUUUCUUUCAAGGACAUUCCAAAAGGUGGGCAGAACAUUGGUUUAUUGUUAUCUUUUGGUCCUGAAAGAUUGUUUGCUGAUGAGCUUACUCAGUAUGCUGGAGAACCAGUUGCAUUUGUGCUUGCAGAUUCACAGAAACACGCAGAUGUAGGAGCAAAGCUUGCAGUGGUAGAUUAUGACCUGGAAAAUCUAGAGUCUCCCAUUUUAACUGUAGAAGAGGCUGUCGAGAGGUCUAGCCUUUUUGAGAUACCGCCUGUGAUCUGUCCCAAACAAGUUGGUGAUUUCUCUAAGGGAAUUGCUGAAGCUGAUCACAAGAUUCUCUCUGCUAAGAUAAAACUCGGGUCACAAUAUUAUUUCUAUAUGGAGAAUCAGACUGCUCUUGCUGUUCCUGAUGAAGACAACUGCAUGGUGGUUUACAGUUCAAUUCAAUGUCCUGAGUAUGCACAGGCUGCGAUUGCAAAAUGUCUUGGUGUUCCUGAACACAACGUGCGUGUGCUUACAAGAAGGGUUGGAGGAGGUUUUGGUGGAAAGGUCACGAAAUCCAUGCCCGUUGCUACAGCAUGUGCACUUGCAGCACACAAGUAUCAGCGCCCGGUUAGGAUAUCUAUGAACCGCAAGACUGAUAUGAUAAUGGCAGGAGGAAGGCAUCCUAUGAAAAUAACUUACAGUGUAGGAUUCAAAUCUAAUGGGAAAAUUACUGCCUUGUAUCUUGAUAUAUUAAUUGAUGCUGGCAUAUCUCUAGACAUAAGUCCUAUGAUGCCAAAAGCAGUUGUGGGUGCACUUAAAAAGUAUAAUUGGGGUGCUUUAUCUUUUGAUAUAAAGUUAUGUAAAACAAACCUUUCAAGCAAAUCAGCAAUGCGGGGCCCUGGAGACCUGCAAGGGUCAUAUAUUGCAGAAGCCAUAAUUGAACAAGUAGCAUCUUUUCUUUCUGUUGAUGCCGAUUCUGUGAGGGCCAUAAAUUUUCACACAUAUGAUAGCCUUAAAUUAUUCUAUGAUGUCAGUGCAGGUGAUCCUCUAGAAUAUACUUUAACUUCAAUAUGGGAUAAGUUAGCCACAUCUGCAUGCUUUAACCAAAGGACUCAAAUGAUAAAAGAGUUUAAUAGGUAUAAUAUUUGGAAGAAAAGAGGUAUAUCUCGAAUACCUUGUGUGUAUGAUGUGUCAAUGAGGCCAACUCCUGGAAAAGUAAGCAUUCUACAUGAUGGGUCUAUUGUUGUUGAAGUUGGAGGAAUAGAGCUGGGUCAGGGGCUUUGGACAAAGGUAAAACAAAUGGCUGCAUUUGCUCUCAGUUCAAUCAAAUAUGAUGGAGAUGCAGACUUCUUGGAUAAAAUACGAGUCAUACAAGCUGAUACUUUGAGUUUAAUUCAAGGAGGGAUCACUGCUGGGAGCACUACAUCUGAGUCGAGCUGUGAAGCAGUCAGACUUUGCUGUGAAGUACUGGUUGAGAGACUGAUGCCUCUAAAGGAAAGGUUGCAGAUGCAAACAGAUUCAAUAAGAUGGGAGAUGCUUAUUCAAAAGGCAUAUUUGGAAGCUGUGAACUUAUCAGUGAAUUCUUUCUUCAUUCCUGACUUUGCUUCAAAACAAUACUUAAACUAUGGUGCUGCAGUGAGCGAGGUGGAAGUAGACCUUCUGACAGGGCAAACAACAAUUUUGAGAUCAGAUAUUUUAUAUGAUUGUGGGCAAUCUCUCAACCCUGCUGUGGAUUUAGGACAGAUUGAAGGAGCUUUUGUCCAAGGAAUUGGGUUUUUCAUGCUCGAAGAAUACACAACAAACUCAGAUGGAUUGGUAGACACAGAAGGCACAUGGACGUACAAGAUCCCUACAAUUGACACCAUACCAAAGCAGCUCAAUGUUGCAUUACUUCACAGUGGACGUAACCCAAAACGUGUUCUCUCUUCCAAAGCUUCUGGUGAGCCACCAUUACUCCUAGCAGCCUCAGUCCACUGUGCUACAAAAGCUGCUAUUAGUGAAGCACGAAAACAGCUUCAUUCAUGGGGUUGCUUAGAUGGCUCUCAUUUAACAUUCCAGGUGGGGGUUCCUGCCACCAUGCCUAUUGUGAAGGAGCUCUGUGGGCUGGACGUUGUAGAGAGGUACCUGCAGUGUAAAGUGGGCAGAAAUUGAAUACUGGAAAGCAAAUGUUUUUUAAUCUGCAAAAAUCGCAUUGGUAAGUUGGCCAGGCCAGCUUCUAGUUUAUUUAAAUAUUUGAUUUGUUGUGGGUUAAGAAAAUUUUUAUGGCAAAGUUUGAUGGUUUUUGAAGUUUCAUAUCUUUUUAUAUGAUUAUAAUGUAUUACUAUUUUUUAAGAGAAAAUUACUAUUUAGUUCUUGCAUUA